AUGUCGAACCCAAUCCCAUGGAGGAGCCACUAUCGCGCCCUGCUCCGAGAGAUCAGCUACCUACCCGAUCCCGUCGCCAAUAGAUAUAUGGCCCAAUAUGUCACGUCGAGAUUCCGGAAAUUUAUAUCGGUAGAGCAGCAGCUCCUGAUGGACUCUGCCAAAAUCGGACGCCUCCACACCCGUAUCAGACGAAAUCUCAGGCUCCUCAAACUCGCAAACGAGGGAUAUCAAAAGCCACUAGAGCGCGUCAUCCUCAUGUCAUAUGGGCGAAUCGGACGGCGGAAACGACUUCUAUUACGGCCUCUCUUAAACUCUGAAGUCGAUGCAGUCGAAGCGGGGGUUGCGCCCUUCUCUGCGGAAUGGAAACCCUCACCACUACUUCUCGCCCUCCUCCAGAGCCAGAGCGAGAACCGCGAAGUCGGUGCCCAAAGGGUCCGGAGGCCGGUGAAGGCAAAGGACCUAUCUCCAACCAUACCAGAAUUUAACGUCUUCUCGAAACCACUGGCAGAAGUCCGAAAAAUAAAUAUACGGCACAGGUGGUAUGCCGCGGUACUCGAUAAGGCGUUUCCCCCAUUGCCGCGCCAUGACUGGGAAACGUUGCAAAGCCUGGUAGAUGGAAGCGAGCCGUGGGUUCUGCCCAAGAGGAGGAAAGGCCCCCAGCCAAACCCCGCCACGGAGUCUGACUCUCAACCUCAGGAAAACUUCCUCAGCGCAGAAUUCUUGGUUGAUGGCGCAACGAAGGAUGCUACUUUUGCAAAAUAUGUCCGAGGUCGGCCACAUCAUAUAACAAGACGUUUUAUGCGCCAUAUAUGGGAACGCAUCUGCGCUUUGACGCCACGCACAUGGUGGGAUGCCAGCGAGAAUAAAUGGCGGGUUACCUGGGGCAUGCGGCGGGCUACUCCCGUGAUUUAUCGACAACUAGAUCCGGUGAAGGGGAUGGCGUUGUUUGAGGGGCCUCAUCCGGUAACCGGGAAGAUCCCCAUACGCCAGAACCGGCCUAGCAUAGCGAAGGAAGGAGGCCAGAAACCGACGGAAGCUCUCUCGGUAAAAAACAAAAAGACUAUCAGCUCUUGA